AUGGCUAUAAAAACACGAUUCUUAAAUCGUGUUAUAGAUAAACCCACUACUGCACGUGCCUGUUGCCAGUGGCAGCUCUCUAAAAUCACAACACAUCGAGAGCUGCCACAGGCAACUGUGGAUGUAUCCGGUAAUAUCUCACGUGCUUCCCGACCCCUCUCUCCUCAUAUAUCCAUUUAUCAACCACAAUUAACAUGGUUCUUGUCUGGUUUUCACAGAAUUACCGGUGGUGCUUUGGCAACUGUUCUUUAUGGAAGUGCUAUAGCAUAUGUCAUUCAAGGUCCGUUAGGGUUAGGAUUAAAUUCUGAUGCUCUUGUUGCCGAAAUAGCCACACUUCCUACUUCCCUCAAAUUGGCUGGAAAAUUCUUUUUAGCCUUUCCAUUUACUUUUCAUUCUUUUAAUGGUGUUAGGCAUUUGAUCUGGGAUACUGGAAGUGCAUUAACACUCAAAGGUGUUUAUACUACAGGAUAUACCGUAUUAGGACUCUCUAUUAUUUCUACCCUUGGACUGUGUAUGAUUUAA